GAAAAUGGCAAAGAGGGUUCCUUCAGGUUUUCUUCUUUCUCUUUUCAUUUCAUCACUGAACAUUGCUGUGGCCCUCUACAUUCCUCCAACAAAUGUUUCAGCGAUGCCAGCAGUGUUUCUAUUUGGUGACUCAACUUUUGAUGUGGGCACUAAUAAUUUCUUAAAUGUGAGCCAAGACAUCAAAGCCAACUUCCGUUAUAAUGGAAUAGACUUUCCUUACUCAAACCCAACUGGGAGGUUCAGCAAUGGCUACAACACAGCCGAUCAAAUAGUGAGGCUGCUGGGAUACAAAAGGAGUCCGUCAUCCUUUCUUUCUCUCCUAAAUCAUUCGUCCACCUUCAAGGAUAGAAUUCUCCGGGGUGUCAACUUUGCUUCAGGAGGCUCAGGUCUUCUUAACACAACUGGGAGUAGAUAUAACAAUUCGCUGUCAUUGGGAAAGCAGAUUGAGCAAUUUUUUACUGUCUACGCAAACAUUACAAGUAUAACUGGCCCAGAAGAAGCUGCCAAUAUGGUUUCCAAAUCACUGUUCCUCAUUAGCGUUGGAAGCAACGACGUCUUUGAUUUACAGGAGAAGACUAGAACCACGUCUCCUAGGAGCCUCUUGGUCACCAUGUUGUCCGCCUACCGUGAAAAUCUACAGAAACUUUAUAAUAUUGGUGCCAGAAAAUUUGGGAUUAUCAGCAUUCCACCAAUCGGCUGCUGUCCAGCUGAACGUGCAAGAAAUCUUACUGUUCCUGGAGGCUGCAUUGAGGAAGCAAAUGAGUUUGCCAGAGAAUUCUAUAACGCCACGGAAGCACUUCUGGGUCAAAUGAAAUCAGAACUUCCUGGAUUUAUAUAUUCACUGGGAAAUUCUUAUGAAAUGACCAUGACUGUGAUUGAAGAUCCUUAUGCCUUUGGAAUCAAGGACACCACAACAGCUUGCUGUGGGGAUGGAUUUACUCAGUGUAAGCAAAAUACAAUUCCUUGUACAGAUCGCAAAGAAUACUUGUUCUGGGAUCGAUUCCAUCCAAGUCAGAAGACUUCACAAUUGGCAGCAAUAAUACUAUAUGCAGGCUCUACAAGAUUUGUCAGCCCUUUCAAUUUUAGUAUAUUGGCCACGGUUGAUGUCUGAGAUCUUCAUUAUUUCACUGCUGCAGAAAUCAUAACCCAAAAAAAAUAAAAAAACACGUAAUCUUCUGUUUUCUCGAUC